AUGCAUAGCCAACAGUGUCUUGCUAUUGGAUUUUUUAGUCACGUGUCACCAACGAUGACGGUAACAGUGUCAAAAGACCGACGCGAGAGUUCAGGGCAGAGAUGGGGUCCGCCGCGGAGAGUGACCUUGAGAAGACGUCCCGGCGCACCGCUUGGAGUCAGCAUUGUUGGUGGAAAGGUCGAUAUAAUCGCAAACCAACAUGGAGAAAAUGGUAGUGAGAAAGCUAUAUUCGGCAUCUUCAUCAAGAAUGUGGUACCAAAUAGUCCGGCAUCUCAGAGUGGCCAGUUACAAACGGGUGAUAGGAUCCUCGAAGUAGAUGGGGUGUGUGUGAGGACUGCGCAGCAUGAAAGAGCCGUAGAACUGAUCAAGGCAGCUCGCGAUACAGUCACUUUAACUGUGCAAAGCCUUAUGACAUGGAGUACUGAUUCUUCGGAUGAAACCACGCCUCCUACUAAGCCUCGUCCUCGACCAAGCUUUAAGAAGACUCCCGCGCCAAAGCCUCCAGUCACACCACAGCAUGAGAUAAAGAUAACAGUGACAUCAGAACCAGAAGUAGAGAAAGAGUUAGCAAGAGAAGCAAAUGAAAAGAAAGAAGACUCUCCAACGGUUAAUGGAGAACAAGAACCCCCUAAACGUGUUUAUUCUGAUUCUGAGAGCAGUGAUGAAGAAGAUGAUAGAGAAUUACAGGGAAGAACCUAUUCAGAUAAAGGCGUGGAGAUUGACAGAGCAUCCGCUGGUGCUAUCAAGAGAAGUAGAGAAGAGAAGGAAGCAGAUCCAGAAGAAGAAGAUGACUUCGGCUACACAACAAAUAAAAUCAAAAAGAAGUAUGCGUCCCUUGGCGACAGCGUGGUGGUGGUCAAGCUGGAAAGGUCGCCGAAAGCUGGACUUGGGCUAAGUCUUGCAGGACACAGGGAUAGAAGCAGGAUGGCGGUGUUCAUUUGCGGCAUGAACCCAGCUGGAUCUGCUGCCAAAAGUUCACCGCCUAUCAAAGUUGGAGACGAAAUAUUAGAGGUCAACGGUAUUGUACUACAUGGAAGAUGUCAUCUCAACGCGUCUGCUAUCAUCAAAGGCCUUGUUGGACCAGUCUUCAAAAUCAUCUUGUUAAGACGAAAGGCGGCAUUAGAAGACGUGGCAGUCAAACCUCUCACACAAUUUCCAGUAGCAAUCGACGAAGAGGCGGACGACCGAUUCGCCGGCUACAAGGGAGUUCGAGAUAUUACCGUCAAAAAGGGACCAUCAGGACUAGGUAUAAUGAUAAUAGAAGGCAGACACACAGAAGCUGGUCGGGGUAUCUUCGUGUCGGAUUUGCAGGAAGGCAGCGCAGCAGAACAGGCUGGUUUAAAUAUAGGAGACAUGAUUUUAGCUGUAAACAAAGAUUCACUUCUUAGCUGUAGCUACGAUGCUGCAGCGGCAAAACUAAAGCAAACUGAAGGCGUCGUAGUACUCACAGUGUGUAGUCCCAACAUGAAAGAUCCAGAUAAGAAUGAUGAGUCUGCAUCAGGGGCUUCAGGAAAUAAAACUGACCCAUCUCGACCAACCACACCUAAGCCAGCGGCUCCGGCUAAGCCGGAACCUCCCGCGGACCCCGCAACGGCUCCGAUCAAAUCAAACCAAGAUACUGUGAUAGAAAUAGCUACAAACAACGAAGUUUUAGGUAUCUGCCUACUCGGCGGCAGUGAUACUCUCAUAAAUGGCCCAGCUGCAGUUAUAUUAGAAAUAUACAAGAACGGUGCAAUAGCUAAGGACGGACGACUCAAAGUGGGCGAUCAGAUCCGUGACUGCAAUGGAGUGGCCAUCAACAAGGAUAUGAGCCAUGAGAGAAUUUGUUUAUCUAUUAAGUUGAAAGUACCUAAGUUAAAAAUGACAGUUUAUCGACCCGAUCCAUUGCAAUAUGAUGAAAUUGAGGUGGAACUGACGAAGAAGUCCGGGAGACCUCUCGGUCUGAACUGUGUCCCACCGAUAGAAGGCACUGGAGCAUAUUUAGGAGAACUACUUCCAGGGUCACCAGCUGAAGUAGAUGGCAAAUUACAAAAAGGAGAUUUCAUUGUAGCAGUUGACGGUAAAGACGUAUCUACUGCAGAAUUUUUGGCAGUCGGCGCCAUUUUGAAAUUAUGCAACAACAAAACUAAUAUAAAAGUGAAAAGAUUCAAAAUAGUUCCAAGA